AUGGCGGUGACAACUCCCGAAUCAUCUUCGACGACUUCCGCGAGGCUUACUACUGGCUUCGUCAGAACACUGCACAGGUUAUUGAGGAAGUCAUUUGAGGCGAUGGCAUCGACUGAGGAAAAGGCUUAUGAGAUUAUGCGUGAACUGGACGUGGAUUACGUUUUGGUGAUAUUUGGCGGAAUGACCGGCUAUUCUUCCGAUGACAUAAACAAGUUUUUGUGGAUGGUCCGCAUUGGCGGUUCGACGGAGAAGGGCAAACACAUCAAGGAGCAAGAUUAUUUUUCAUCAACCGGUGAAUAUCGAAUCGAUAAGGAAGCGUCACCGGUAAUGCUUAACUCGUUGAUGUACAAACUUUCCUACUACAGAUUUGGCGAAGUUUACUCUGAGAAGGGUCGCGCUAGCGGUUAUGAUCGCGUGAGAAACGCUGAAAUUGGUAGCAAAGAUUUCGAACUUGACUAUUUGGAGGAAAUCUACACGACCGAGCACUGGUUGGUCAGAAUUUAUCGCGUAAAGCCGAUGGAAAAUCGCGGUCUGAAGUAA